CCUAAAUAGAGGCCUCCGUUGCAUCUGAUGUUCGCUCCUUCUUUAUUUAAGGAGUCAUAGCAGGACUUCUGAAGGAAUGCGGAUAAGGGUAUGCUUUAACUUCAAAGGAGAGAGUGGAAAUGCGCCAGAGUGUUGUGUCAAUGUAGGAUUAGCCGGGUUCAGUACUUUGUCCAGUUCCAGGUGCUGCAUUUUAAGGAGGAGAUAGACAAACUAGAGGAGGAAUCUUUCUGGCUGUGGGGGGCCAAAAACUUUGACGUGUGGGUGGGGCAACCAGCAUGUAAAUCACAUUCUGCCAUUGUGACAUCAAAAUGUUGGCAAGUGGGCUGUCUUGACUACCUGUCAACAUAAAUUGUGUAGGGUUCCAUGUUGGGGUUCCAGAGUGCAAGGGGCUUUGGCAGUGUUAUGCCUUGUAAGCCUCCCUGCAUUGCUCCUUUCCGUCUCUUAUGUCAGAGAUCAAAAGGAGCUUCACGGAAUUGCUUUCAAAGCCUUUUUAGCAAGCCUUCAAUGAGCUGCAGCUUGGACAGUAGGAGCGAUGGUUGAAUGGGAGCCUACUUUAAUGGCAUCCCUUAUUGGGCAGCUCUGUAUCCUCUCCUGUAUCCAGCUCCGUUCAAGACUGUUCGGCAGAAUUUGUCUUGGUUCAUGUGGUGCCUUUCAGGGAGUAAGAAGAUGGUACAAGCUUCGCUCCAAACCAGGAAAGAAGGAAAAAGAGAGAGGUGAGAUUGAGGUGGAUAUCCAGUUCAUGAGGAGCAACAUGACAGCCAGCAUGUUUGAUCUGCCCAUGAAAGAUAAGUCACGGACACCAUUUGGCAAGCUGAAAGACAAGCUAAAGGGGAAACGAGAACCCUCCACAAAUGAGGGUCACAGAAGAGGUCAUAGCUCAGAUAAGAGCAGCACUGCGGACCUCCGAAUCACAAAGGCAUCCUUGAACCAUUUUGACGAAAACAUCUCAGCAGAAGAGAAGCCAGAAAAAAACUCAGCUUCUGUGAAACCAUCUCAGACCAAACCCGUCAAGCCCAGAUGGUGCAAGCUUCACUUCAAACCCACCACCCUUUCUGUUAUUCCAGAAGAGGGAUCGGAUGAUGAGCAGCUGAGUGAUUAUCCCCAGGGUACUGAAAAGAUUGCACUUUCUGGAGAUUUGUCCAGGAGUGGAGAUUGCAAAUCAUCUGCAAAAAACCAGAGCAUAACAUCAAAGAUCUUGGAUAACCAAAAUGAAGCCGAUAUAAAGAAAUAUGAUCCUUCAGAUCCCGCCUACGCUUAUGGCCAGCUGACACACAGCGAGCUGAUCCAGCUGGUCUUGAAGCAGAAAGAUGUGAUUGCAAAGCGAGAUCAGCAGGUGCGGGAGCUGGAAGACUACAUUGAUAACUUGCUUGUCAGAGUUAUGGAGGAAACUCUAAGGACUCUUGAUUGUUGUGGGCCUGCUCUUAGUAUGACAUCAUCCGAUAUCACCCAUAGAUCUUGACGUUUCCUGAAUGGUGC